UGUGUUUACAUUGUGAGUGACCGUUGGCUGAUACAGAGCCUCUCCGAUAAAAUGUCUGACAGAGAGUUGAAAGCUCUUUCCCAAGAGGAAAUGCGUAAAAGGUUAUACCAGACAUUUAAAGAAAAGGGUAUUUUGGAUUCACUCAAGUCACAACUCCGAAACCAUCUUAUCCAUGAACUGAAACAUCAAGCUUUCAGCGGAGCACAGAGCUUUUUGUCUGAAAAUCUUAACAAGGAAUCUCUAAUACACAGAGCUUCCAACAGCUUGGUAGCUGAUCACUUGGCACGUUGUGGUUAUGAGUACACACUCUCUGUCUUUUAUCCAGAGUGCGGAUUAGAAAAAGAAAAGGUUUUCAGUGCUGAUGACUUACUGCAUCUGAUGAACAUCCAUCCUAAAUCCAAACUGUACAAGUUUAUGAUAUCAAGUCUUCAAGAUAAAAAUGCAAAAGGUUUUCUGUUUCAAAUGCUAACCGAGAUGACAGAACAUCAGCUUCACAAAGAAAGCAGAGAUGCAGACACUCAAACAGUGCCUAAUUCCUUGCACACCUCAAUCGUUGAAAAGCUUCAGUUAAUUGAUGAACAGUUUGAGGAAAGGUAUCUAAAGCGGCCACAUUAUGAGUCUUUGGAGAUUAAGCUUUCUGAAUAUCGUAAAGAAAUGGAAGAACAGCUCCAGCUAGAAAUGCAUCAGAAGCUGCAACACUUUAAAGAAGUUGAAAUAGCAAGUAUUAAGCUGGAAGAAAAAGAAAAAUCUCAGAAAGAAAUAGCUGAUUUUCAAAGACAGUUAGAGAAAGCAUACCAGUUAAAAUCAGAAAGUUUACUGUCACGGGAAAAGAAUGCCAUCGAGAGACUACAGACUCAGCAAGAGAUAGAAGCAAAGGAAAUGUAUUCACAGAGACAAACUUUGCUGAAAGAGAUUGAGCUUGUACGGAGCAGAGAAACAGAUUUUCGCCAGCGGAUGGAAGCCUUUGAGCUGGCUAAACAGUUGCAAGAGGAGAAAACCAAAAGUGUGGAAGAGUUGUUAAGGAAGAGACAGCUGGAAGUUAGGAAACUAGAAGACAAUUUUGAAAAUAAGCUUAAAAAUGAAUUACUCAGGUAUCAGAUUGAAUUGAAAGAAGAAUAUUUAAAGAGGACGCAGAAAGUUAGUGAAGAUGAAAACAGAAAUAAAGAGGAAGCUGCCCACUUACGUGAAGAAGCCAUUAUAUUAAACAUGAAGAAACAAGAGGUGGAGAAAGCUGUGUCACACACACGGGAGCUGGAGACAGAAGUAAAUGCGCUGAAUGUUCAGCUCUCUCUGUUAACAAAGCAGAAUCACCAACUGACUGAGAAGCUGAGGGAAACCAUAGACUAUCCUUUAGUAAUUCAAGAAAAGGCAGAGCUUCAGGCACAAAGCAAGUCACUCAAAGAACAACUUGAAGAGGUUCGCAAGGAAAAUCAACUUCUCAGAGACAGAGCUAUAAAGCCUGCUGUCGAAUAUGCUGCUCUCCAGGAAGAAUUUAAAAUUUUGGAGAAUGCCAGGAAGCAGGAGCAGGAUGAGUUCAAAAUGAGAAGGGAACUAUUGGAAAGGCAACUACAAACAGAGGUUGAGCGGUAUACAGAACUAAAGAUGCAGUUACUAGGCAGUGAGGAUUCUGCAAGGCGAUUAAAUGCUGAAGUAGAACAGCUGGAAUUUCAGCUGCGGCAUACACGACAAGCUUUUGAAAAGGAAGUGUAUCGCAACCCCAAACCAUCUUUUGUCGAUCGCUCUGUGCAAGGCUUCACAACCAGCAGGACUGGGCCUCCUUAUAUUUACAUUGAUAAAGAUCCACUGAAAAGCCAUCUAGUAUUUAAUGCCUUUGAAGCUGGUGGUACCUCUAAUUCACAUUAUUGCUAUGCCGCAAGAACUCGCAGCAGCUCUCCAGAUUCAGAUCUCGAGUUUGUAGCCAACACAAAGGCCAAAAUCAAAGAGCUUGAAAAAGAUGCAGAGUAUUUGGAGGAGGCUUACCGUAACUACAAGGACAGACUCAUCUAUGCUGCUGAGGUGGAAAGCAUGACUCAGUCUAGUGCUCAACCAAGAAGAGGAUUCUUAAAUAAUGUCUCUACUGCAUCUCAUCAAAAGGUGAAUUUUGUAGGUGACAACCUGACUCCUCAACAGCAUAUCCUUCUAAACAGACUGAAAACACAGAGGUGCGAAGAGUUAGUAACUACUGAGUGUGAGAGGACACCACUUGUUUCAAAAGUAUCUUCUCGGCGACUGUCUUCAACACCUAAAGCCAAUGUUUUCCAAACUAUAAACAAAAAAGAACAUAUUUCCUCAGAAGUAACAGAUCAUGAUGGUUCCUAUAUUUCAUCAUCUCAUCACAGUCGCAAUAAGCCGCUGUCUCCGAUACCAAAGAAUAGCCAGUUUCCUACACUGAAUCAAGAGGUUUCUCUUCUUUGUCAAGAGACUGAAAAAAAUCUGGUUUCCCGUGACCAUCACUCAGCUGUAUCCGAUCCACUCCAAUCAUCCAUCCAUUCUGAGUUGAAACAACUAAACUUUGAUGACCUUAUUCACUCAGAUUCCUCUCUUCACGACCAGGAGGACAUACCAGAGCAACAAGAAUGUGACAUUUCCCAUCCAUCAGAGGACUUGGCCCAUAACAAUCCUUUCAUUGCCGAUGUGCAAAGAACACCUUCUCCACAAUUGGACUCCUCAACUAGUCAGCAGAAAAAAAACAACAUCUCAAAUGAGCAAGGUGACAUAGAAGAAGAAAUAAAUACAUAUGACACCCAGAACAAAUCUGGACGGCAGCUGGAAGAAUAUCAUUCACUGGAGAAUGAAGCUGAACCUAAAGAGAAAUUGAUGGCCGAGUCCAAAAUAUCUGAAACAGAAAGAGAAAUAGAUGAGGAUCAUCUAAGACUGAGGGAACCUGAAGAUGCAGGUGCUUCAGCUAAAGUUGGUGUGAGUCCCAUGGACAAGUACAUGCAAAUGCUUGCCCAGAACCGAGCCGAGGAGCAGACUGAGAAGGUUAAUAAAGAAUCCCUGGAAGACCUUUCAGUGGUUGAAAAACUAUCUAAUGACAGUAUAACGGCUCUGUCUCAUGGAGAAGCAGAUGAUGACUUCUGGUAAACAUUCACUUCCUCCUUACAAGAUAAAAUCCAAGUGCUUUGAAUUUUGAGACUAAUUAUAUGUGUUACAAGAAAAUAUUAUUUUUAUUCGAUAUGGAAGCUUUCAGAGACUGAUUGUUAUCAACAAACUCCAUGUCGUGUGUUUUAACCAUUUCUUUUUCAUUUGGAUUCUUCGGUGUACAACUUUUCCCAUUAAAAGGAUCAAACAUACAUGGGUUUUCUUUCUAAAAUAAUUCUG